AUGUCCAUUCCCACGCUCGAAUUCAACUCGCCCGUGGAUAUCGAUCAGGUCACAACGCCCUGGAAGCUCAGACCUCAGCCAAAAUAUGUGUUCACGCACGCGAACGUCAUUGACCCUCUCAACGGUGACAUACAGUAUGAUGUCACCGUCGUGCUUGAAGGAGGAAAGAUCUCUUCAGUUGGUGCAGAGCACGAGCAAGAUCAGCAGGAGCAGUACGACAUCAAACUCGACCUAGAUGGUAGAUUCAUCGUGCCUGGCCUGUGGGACUGCCACGUACAUCUGGUCGCAGUGCAGGGCUGUACCACGUUCGAGCAGAUCCUGAACCUUGAUCCGAGCACGUCGCUGCUUCGUCAGCCAGAGGUCGCCGUGGCUAUGCUGGAUCGAGGUUUCACCACAGUCAGAGACUGUGGCGGCGCGCUGUUGCCUCUGAAGCUCGCGCUCGAGCAAGGCAUCCAUCCUGGACCACGACUCUUCAUUGCGGGUCGCCAGCUAUCUCAGUCUGGAGGAUGUACGGACAAGCGUGGGCCUGAUGAUGACAGCAUAUGCUGCGGUGGUGCGAAGCAAGGGGCCUGCCGCACGGUGGAUGGCGUUCCUGAGUGCCUCAAGUUCGCUAGAGAAGAGCUGCGCCUAGGUUCGGAUUUCAUUAAGAUUAUGGCCGGCGGAGGUGUAUCGAGUCCGCGAACCAGGCUGAAUGAUCUCGAAUUCACCGAAGACGAGAUUCGAGCCAUAACAACCGUCGCAUCGAACGCUGGGACUUUCGUAACAGCCCACGCAUACACCCCAGCAGUGAUCAAGCAAGCUGUAAAUUGUGGCGUCAAGGGCAUCGAGCAUGGCAAUAUGAUCGACAAGCCCACCGCGGAGCUGAUGGCUCGAAAUGGUGUCUACCUGACUCCGACGCUGGCAGGGUAUGCGGCUGCCCUAAUACCCGAGCUGAGUGGCUUCGUCGCUCCAGAGUCCAGAGCAAAGCUCGAAGAAGCAAUCAGCACUGGGCUGAGGGCGCUUGAGAUCGCCAAGGAAGCGGGUGUGACAAUCUGUUUCGGUACAGAUCUCAUGGGCCCUCUACAUUUCGCCCAGACAAAGGAAUUCCAGAUACGAAAGUCUGUGCAGAGUGCACUAGAAAUACUGCAGAGCGCGACUGUCAAUGCAGCUAGAAUGAUGGGCCGAGAGGAUGAUAUAGGCCGAAUCAGGCCAGGGUUCCUGGCAGACUUCUUGAUCUUGAACGCCAAUCCGCUGAAUGACAUCACGGUCUUAGACCGACCUGAGGAGCACUUGUUGGCCGUCUGCAAAGCAGGAAGGAUCGUGUCCUCACGGUGGUCGAAACUCAGGGUCGACAGUCGGCGACCUCUUGAGAUAGAGUGA